AUGUCUGCCCCUCGUUUGCUCCAACGUGGGACGCUGCACAUGAACCGCUCUACCAUCCUCCUCCUCCCACGCACCGCCAUUCUCCGCCGAAGACUAUUCUCACAAUGUCACUCUCGAUUCCAACAGAAUUCCCCGCGGGAUCAUGAAGAGCGCCUACAAGCCGCAAGACCGCUCGUUCCGCACCAAGCAGCGCGCAAGUUCACACAGGCGGGGAGUAGCCGCAACUCGCGUCUUACUGUUAUAGCGACCGUCCUCGCAGCCAUUGGCUUCUACUUCUAUAACUCACAGACUGUGCCUGUUACGGGGCGAAGGCGGUUCAAUUUUCUUUCUGAUGAGAUGGUUGCGCGGGCGCAUUCAAAAGCGGCUGCGCAACAGAUUGAGAUGGUUAGAGCGUCAGGAAAGCACUUUUUGUCGGAUUGGGAUCCGAGGACUAUUUUGGUCAAGAGGGUUAUGAAGAGGCUCAUUCCUGUGAGCGGUAUGACGAAUCUCAACUGGGAGAUUUUCGUAAUAUCGGAUAAUCGUACUGCCAAUGCCUUCGUUCUUCCUGGAGGCAAGGUGUUUGUGCAUAGUGGCAUCAUCAAUGUCUGCCGCAGUGAAGAUGCCCUCGCUGCAGUACUCGGUCAUGAAAUAGCACACAACACAGCUUCACAUGCUUCAGAACGCCUUUCGGCUGCCUGGGUUGGAAACCUGACAGCAGGAAGUUUAUUCUUUCUCGCUGGAGCACUACCAGGCCUUGCGCUUUUUGGUCUCUGGAACUUCAUUGGAGGUUACUAUUUGCAGGAUCUACUAUUUUACCUCCCUAUGGGCCGCAAACAGGAGGCCGAAGCAGACUAUAUUGGAUUGAUGAUGAUGGCUGAAGCAUGCUAUGAUCCUAGGGCAGCCUUGGGUUUCUGGCAACGUAUGGAAGCCCUUCAGCAUGCUAGCGGACAAGAAGCGCCAGAGAUGCUAAGCACUCACCCUUCGAACGAAAACCGUAUUCUGAAGAUUAGUGAGUGGCUGCCCCAGGCCAUGGAGAAGCGAGCAGAGAGCGAUUGCCGAGGAACAGCAGCUUUUGCAGACCGAUUCCGUGAUGCAAUGCGACGACGAUCUACUGCUGUUCUUGUAUAA